UGCGUCGUGUGGGAUCUUCCAACCAGGCUCUAACUCGCUCCGUCCUUCUGUCCGUCAGAAUCUUCUCCUUCCAGAAAUCCCACCACCGCCCAUCCAUCUGGACCGCCGGCAUUAGUUUCUGGUCUUCGUGCUUGCGCUUCCACCCGUCCUCCGGCGAUUCGCGCCCUAAAUCGGCCCUCUCCGACUUCACUCCCUUACAGUAGGAUUUCGGCCUCUGGGGAGUUUCCCGCCGAUGCUGAAAUUGAAGAGGUUUCAGACUUCCUGAAUUGGGAUUCAUCGCGCCAACACCGGCCGCGGCCGGGGUUUCACCUUUUAGCUAUGAGUAUGACCCAUCAGGCCACCUGAGACUUUUGACGGUGAUCUCGCAGUAAAGGAAGCGACGAUCUUCCUCCAUCCGACCUUCGAAUUCUGCGAGACUCCAAACAACAACAACAAAGCAAAAAAAUCUACUGCAAACUAGUGUCACUUGUACGCGAGGCGAUUCUGGAGGUAUAGGAAGACAGAAGCAAGAAAAAUGUCCAAGGUUAUAUACGAAGGGUGGAUGGUGCGGUAUGGGAGGAGGAAGAUCGGGCGAUCCUUCAUUCACAUGAGGUACUUUGUGCUGGAACCGAGGGUUCUUGCUUACUACAAGAAGAAACCGCAGGAUAAUCAGAUGUUGAAGCAGCUGCACUGCUUAGCCUUAAAAGCUGGAGUGCUUGUGUUAUACGAAAUGAUGCAAAGCUUUCCAGGGGAACCUUUGUUCUUUCUCGACAUUGACCUAGUAAAGAAUUAUGAUGUUCCUGAGCUAGUUCUCUUCAGUAAUGAAUUCAAUCAUGCCUCAUAUAUAUUGAGAAAUCUUUCCUUCUUUUGGAUGAUAAUGGAAAAUGGAAAGUUUCAGGUACCAAUCAAAACCCUUCUGAUCGAUGGCAAUUGUAGGGUGGAGGACCGAGGUUUGAAGACUCAUCAUGGGCUGAUGGUUUAUGUGCUAUCUGUCUACAACAAGAAGGAGAAAUAUCAUAGGAUCACGAUGGCAGCAUUUAACAUCCAGGAAGCUCUGAUCUGGAAGGAAAAGAUUCAGUUUGUAAUUGACCAGCAUCAAGAGUCCCAGGUGCCGAAUGGUAACAAAUAUGUCUCUUUUGAGUGUAAGUCGGGGAUGGAUAAUGGAAGGGCUGCUUCGUCCUCAGAUCAAGAAAGUCAGUUUAGUGCUCAAGAGGAUGAAGACGACUCUAAUUCGAAUUUGUUGCGGAGGACAACUAUUGGAAAUGGUUAUGUUCUGUUGCUUGUCAUCUUGAAAGAAAUUGAUUUGGAAUUAACAACCCAGAAUGCUAAUGAUCAAGCAUUUUCUAGAAAGCAUUGGAGGCUGCUGCAAUGUCAAAAUGGUCUUCGCAUCUUUGAAGAGCUUCUUGAAGUUGAAUACCUUCCAAGGAGCUGUAGUAGAGCAAUGAAGGCUGUGGGUGUUGUUGAAGCUACCUGUGAAGAAAUAUUUGAACAAGUAAUGAGCAUGGAUGGGACACGGUUUGAGUGGGAUUGCAGUUUCCAGUAUGGCAGUUUGGUUGAGGAGGUAGAUGGCCAUACAGCAGUACUGUACCACAGGCUUCAACUGGAUUGGUUUUCAACGGUUGUCUGGCCACGCGACCUUUGUUAUGUACGUUAUUGGCGUCGAAAUGACGAUGGCAGUUAUGUUGUCUUGUUUCGGUCUAGAGAGCAUGAGAAUUGUGGUCCACAACCAGGUUACGUGCGGGCUCAUAUUGAGAGUGGCGGGUUCAAUAUUUCUCCUCUGAAACCCAGGAAUGGGAGACCCAGAUCACAGGUUCAGCAUCUUAUCCAGAUUGAUUUGAAAGGAUGGGGGGUGGGUUAUAUUUCAUCUUUUCAGCAGCACUGCCUCCUUCAGAUGCUGAAUAGUGUCGCUGGAUUGCGUGAAUGGUUUGCCCAAUCAGAUGAAAGAGGGGCUCCACCAAGAAUACCUGUUAUGGUCAACAUGGCCUCUGCUUCUAUUUCUUCUAAGAAGAGUCUAAAGUUGCAAGAAUCUUCUGUUCAUCAUCGCUCUGCUUCUCUUGAUCAAAUAAAUACGGCAGGCCGAAACUCAGCCAUGAUGGAUGAGUACUCUGACGAGGAUGAAGAAUUUCAAAUUGCUGAAGAAGAGCAGGAGGCUUACCUAAUAAGUCAGGAGAAUGAUGUGAAGAAAGCAGAGAAUUCUCAAUAUGAAGCUUCCGAAGAAGAACCUGGAGAUAAGAUUGACCUAUCCUGGUUUGUGGGUAAUCUACGCUAUGAUGAGCGAGAAAAUGCCCGUGAUUGCUGGAAAGUUUCUGAUGGGAACAACUUUAGAGUGCGCAGCAAGAAUUUUUGUUUUGACAAAACUAAGAUCCCCGCAGGAAAACACUUAAUGGAUCUAGUUGCUGUUGAUUGGUUCAAGGACACAAAAAGAAUGGAUCAUGUGGCAAGGCGUCAAGGAUGUGCAGCACAAGUUGCUUCGGAGAAAGGACUCUUCACUGUGGUCUUUAAUCUGCAAGUCCCUGCUUCAACUCAUUACAGCAUGGUGUUUUACUUUGUGACGAAAGCAUUAGUACCCGGAUCUCUGUUGCAGCGGUUUGUUGAUGGAGAUGAUGAAUUCCGCAACAGUAGGUUCAAACUUAUUCCAUCAGUUCCCAAGGGCUCAUGGAUUGUACGCCAGAGUGUAGGAAGUACCCCAUGUUUAUUGGGGAAAGCAGUUGACUGCAACUACAUCCGUGGCCCAGACUACCUUGAAGUGGACGUCGAUAUUGGUUCUUCCACCGUUGCUAAUGGGGUACUGGGCCUUGUAAUUGGCGUUAUUACUACCUUGGUGGUUGAUAUGGCUUUCCUUGUACAGGCAAACGCUACGGAUGAGUUGCCGGAACGGUUGAUUGGGGCAGUUCGUGUUUCUCAUAUUGAAUUGUCAUCUGCAAUUGUUCCCAACUUGGAUCCAUCUUAAGAGUGACCUCUUGGUCUAGAAUAUAUUCUUGCAGACCCAUGUAUACCCAUUCUGUCCUCCAACUUUGCUGUCAUGAUUCUAUUUGGUAGUAUGGAGCAGAGAUGGUCCCUCAAAUCCAUCAAAUCCUGUCAAAUGGAACUAUCAUCUGUUUUCUUUUUGCCGCUCAUCUGGUAGUUUUUGCACAGAAAUUUACUUUGGAAAGGAAGGAAAUCUAGUCCCAUAGUUACCAGCCUGUUCAUAGAAAUGUUGAAGUUCCUGUUUUUUUCAUACAUUGCCAAAUUGUUUGGAUGGUUAAGUCUUUCUUUUACAUAUCUCUGUCAAGUUUAUUUUUCCAGUUUCCACUCCUAAACGCAGCAGUUAUUUUGAAGCCCUAACUACACUUCAAAAGACUUCUUUUCGUGUUUCCUCAAUUCCUUCCAUGAAAACACUUCAUAAUAAUCCUUACAAUUCUUAUAGAUAAAGAUGGAUAGCAGGUUCAGUAAUCUGGUCCGCAGUCGUCAUCUCCUUGGCCAUCAUCCACAGGGUUGCCUUUGAACACAUCUUCAGCAUACAGCACGACUCCAUUGGCCACCGCGUACAGAUUCUUCCAUCUCUGAACAGCAGCCGAGAUCGAGUCAUCGAUCAGACCGGCACCACCGCGGUUCGUGAUCUUCACCAGCUCGCCGUCGCAGUUCUGAGAGUUAUCCAAAGCAGAAUGUAUUUCCAAACUCUUCGUCACGUCCCCCAGCCCUCUGGUCGUGAAGAAGAUGGCCGCUUCAUUGUAGUCGAGAGCACACAACUCCAGCGAAUGCUUGAACUUCGGGUUCUUCGCGUCGUCUUUGUUGCUCAGAAUCUCGCCGAACAUCUCGCCCAAGACCUUCGACUCUUCCCUGGCGGCUUCCAUGACUAGUUCGGCCAGAGCUUUGAUGUCGUCGAACGCUGAUGCUGCUCCGGGAAUCGAUCGCAGGGUCGCGAUGCAGAGCGUCGGAUCGAUGUUGCUUUUCUUGCAAACUUCACCGAUCAGGUUCGUUGCAGCAGCGGGGCUUGGAGCAGGCGCAGAGGCAGGGGUGAUCGCCAUUGGUGAAAAUAGUGGUCUAGCGUUCGUUAGUAGUGGAAGCUGCAGCAUGAUGAAGAUGGCCUGUGGAAUGAUCAAAGAAGGUGCAAUGGAGAAUCCCAUUUUUGUUGUUGUUUGGCAGCAAAGAAUGUGGAUGGUUGAUUGAUUUCUUUUACUGCUUGAUUGUGGCAGGGAGAGGAGAAUGUCAUGGCAUAUAUAUAGGUCGAUAGAUUUAUGGCGAACUUCAAGUAAGUUUUGGAGAAGUUGGAUGUGUCCUCGUCAUAAGGCGUAGGUUGUUAUUACCGAUAAGCCGUGAAUUUGUUUAAUCGAAACAAGGAACAAAUAAUAUUUUUGUGGUUCUCUUUUCAUAAACAAAAACAAAAACAAAACAAAA